GUCCAACUCCAAUCCUCCUCUAACACCCUAACUUUCUCACUUAUCGCUGCAAGAGGCAUAAACACUGCUUCGCUCGGCGUCGCCUUCCUCAUCUUCCUCUGUGCGACCAUGGCGAUGUCAUCUUCCGAACAACCGCUGAAGAAGAGAAGGCUCUUCGAUCCGCCACCGGAGACGGUGUCGCUGCCGGAGACUUACGUGGCUCUGCCAAACACUCCCCCGCCGUUGUCUCAAGAAGAAAUUCUCUCGAGAAGGAAAAACAGAGACGAGAUUCGAAGUGUUUACGAGAAUUACAAGAGGAUUAAGUCUUGUAUUUCCCUGAAAGGGAAAGAUGCUCGGUACAUGCCUGAGCUUGAACAAUCUUACCUAGCUCUAAUUUCUGUUUCUAGAGGUUGUCUAAGCGUACAGCGUUUUGUGGCUGAUUUUGUUCCACGAUAUGCCUCGUAUUGUCCAGCUGCCCUUGACGCUGCUACGAAAGCCAUCAUCAAUGUGCAUAACUCUAGCUUGGAAGUUAUAAGUAGGGAAGAAGAUGCUGAUAAUGUUGCAUUCCAAACUGCUAAAGCUUGCAUUUUUGGUCUAGCUGAUAUUUGUUCGACGGCUUCUAUAGAGGCACCGAGAUCAUUGGUUCCAAGAGGCAUCUGCUCAACUGUUUUCCAGAAUGUUCUUUCCUUUCUCUUAGAAUCCUUCAAGGGAAAGGAUUUGUUUCAAAUUGUCCAUAAAGAUAUUUGCAAAAUUCUGGAUUCUGAUGAAAUGUAUUCUGAGCUAAAGCAAAAAAUUUCUGAUGAAGAAGAAUCUUCAUUGAUUAAGUUAUCAAAAUUCCGUGCCUUGAGUCUACUCUGGAUUCUGUUCCAUUAUCCAAAAAAAUUGCUGUCUGUAUGUUUUGAGCUCUUCAGGUCAUCUGAAACUGAAGCUGAUAAGGGGCUAUAUUUUCUGAGACAGGCAACAAGCAGGCUUGAUGCCCUUGAUGCCAAUUGUGGUUUUGAUGAACUAAAUAUAGAGCCUAAAAGUUGUACGGAUCCCCUUGGAACAAGCACCAAAGGCAGUGUGCUUACCGGUGAGACACCUGGAUCAGAUAGUGGCAAUGACGUGGAAGAUGCAUCUCCUGUUCUAAGGAGCUCUUUGUUGGGUCUGGUUUUUGGUAGAAGUCCAUCAUUGAGAAAUUGGAUGCUUUUAAAGUACAAGAAAUUGUGCGAGUUAUCUGUAUCCAAAUCUGUACCAGAGAUUAUAUAUAGCUUAGAAGGGAUCUUUGAGUCUUUUAGGAAAGGUAUUAACAUAGAAGAUAGUCUAGUAGACAGUGAUGAGGAUGAUUCUGAUUCCUCGAAAUUUUCUGGUCAGACAAACUUGAUCACUAGAAGCUCUAAUCAACAUGAAAUCUUGAGUGACCAAUCUGGAAGAGGUAAAUCUAGCAAUAAGAGUUGUGUUGAAAAUUUAUCAGGUCAAUAUCUGAAUCCUCACACUGUUCCCCCAGAAACUAAUCUCCACUUAAAUGCUAGUUCUAGUCAUGAUAGUGGAGGUUUGAGGUCCAUGGACUAUGAAAGGCAUGACCAUGGGGAUUUGUCCACUAGCAGGUCUUCUGUUCUGAGGGACCCAUCAAGCCAUCAGUUACUUUCACCUGCUACCGGAACACCACGGGACUUCAGGAGUACUUCCUUUGAAGGUAGAAAUCACUUGAAGAAUGCUGACAUGAGUCAAGUUUCAAAUUCUGGUGAUGCUUCAGCCUUGAGAUCUGCGAGCGGAGGCGUAAGCAAUGCUUUGGCAUCACCCAGUAAUCGUUAUGCAGCAUCUUGUCAAAGUGUUUGGUAUUUUGAUAGUGAUCCUGCUAGCAUGGGUAUUUUCUCAGCUUCUCCGCAGCUAUGGUUGGGAUCUUUAGGGGCUGAUGCAUCUGAGGGUUACAUAAGGUUUGAGCUAGAGCGGUUUGGUCCCAUUGAGCAAUUUUACUUCUUUCCAGUUAAAGGUUUUGCUUUGGUCGAGUAUAGAAACAUCAUUGAUGCUGUACGAGCUAGGGAGUACCUCCGUCGCUGUUUUCCUUGGCGAGUUAUGUUCGUGGAUGUAGGGUUGGGAACCAGGGGUUCUGUGAAUGGCGUUGCCGUUGGUUCUAGUUCGCAUAUUUAUGUUGGAAACAUUUCGAGUCAAUGGGAAAAGGAUGAAACUCUGCAUGAAUCAAGGAAAGUGGUCUACAAGGGUCCUUACAUGGUUAUUGAUCUUACUUGUGAAAGUGCAUUGCUGCUGGAGUAUGAAACUCCCAAAGAAGCUGCUGCUGUUAUGGCACAUCUUAGAGAGCAUCGAAAAGAAGGAAGCAGCCAUAUGCUGCCAUUUAAUGCUGCACCACCUACUGUCUCUGUCCAUGUUGACAGUGGAAGGUCUGAUGCUGCUCCACCUAUCCAUGCUGACAUAAAAAACAAUACCUCAGCAAGCAUGUCAAGCAGCUCAAUGGAACUUGUAUCUCCGAAGUUAAGGGUGGAGAAUCAUGGAACUCCCAUAUCAGGUGCACAUCCAUUUCAAUCGAACUGGCCUCCUCCUGGUUGUACAGAUAUGCAAGAAGGUCCUGCUCAAGGAGGUGGUGUUCCUGUCUCUGGUACCUCCGCCCAAUUAUGGAACUAUCAGAAACCUGAAAGUGAUCUGCAUUCUGCACCUGGGAGAAUGCCAUACAUGCCUAUAGCAACACAAAGUCUUGUUCCUCCUCCUCAACCACCACCACAGCUUCAGGCACCUCCAUUUAUGCGACCUAUUUACCAUCCUCCAAACAGUUCCUGGGAUCCCCGAGGUUUUAAUCACCAGUUCCCUCAGAAUCCAAUUUCACCUGGUGUAGUGCCUAAUACUUUUCAUGGCAAUGCUGUUCCACCUCCCUUUGUCUCUGCUUCUGUGACUCCACUUUCUCAGAUGCAAGGACCGCCUAUGCAGCAUUUUGAGCAGGGAUUUUCGCAUCCUGUUAUCCCGCCACCUUUAUCAUCGAUGCCACCUCCACCACCAGUUCCGCCUCUAUAUCUGCCACCAUUACCUCAGUCAUUACCACCUCUGGUUCCCCCUCCGCCUAAUUCACCUCCUCCGCCUCCUCCACCUAUAUCAGAAUCAACUGACAUGGAUUGUUCUGAACAGUGUAUAAAGUAUCAGUGGCAGGGCUCAUUAUGUAAGAGUGGGGCUCAAUAUUGCACAAUUUAUGCUCAGAGACUAGAUUCAGAUCUUUGCAAGUAUUCAAAUGCCAGUUCUGAACCUGCCGAAUGGCCUGCCAAACUAGACAUGACCAAACGCACGGAUUUCCGGCAUGUGAAAACAACAUUCACCAACACCCCACCACAUAAAAGAGAAGUUUGUUGUCUGAUCCCUUCUUCUGCAAGUGACUAUAAAGGCUUUCAGGAUUUUAUUUCGUACUUGAAGCAGAGGGAUUGUUCAGGAGUGAUUAAGAUUCCAGCAAUGAAAUCCAUGUGGUCCAGGCUUCUUUUUAUUCUUCCAUACUCGCAAGAAGCAUGUUCUAUGCUCUCAGUUGUACCACCUAAUGCAUCUGAUUGCCUCAUUGCCCUGGUUUUGCCCAAAGAAACAAACUUUGAGUGGGCUUGAGCUUCAUGGCUUACUUCUGGAGAAAACCUUGUUCCAGUCUAUGGAUCUUUGGGGUGGCAUGAUACUUGUGCAUCACCUGCAGAUUGGUUAGAACCCAGAAAGAAGAAGAAAAUCACCACCAAUAAUGAAGCUGCUUAUCUACAUGUACAAACAUCUUUUUGUCGCCUGAUAGGUUAUUAGUUUUGUCAGGUACAUAACAGAACGAACGUUUUAGUUUUAAAUUUAAGUCAAUAAAAAAAAGGUCAUCCGUAGUUUUGUUAGUCUCAUCGGUAUGUUUGUUUUGAAUCCUUUAUAGAGGGAAUGUUUCUUGUGUUUAUGUGGAAAAGGCUGAAAUUAUUUUA